GUAAACAAAGCCUGACAGCUAUUUAGUUAGCUGUUCACCGCAGCUGUGUUACAGUCGCCUCUCUCGCCAUAGCCGGGUGUUAUUCUAUCAUUUAGCACACUAUCGUCUUCCCGGGAGCUAAAGACGGCGACUCUCUUUAAAGCGGAGGCGGAUUCGUUUGAACCCCGACCGUGCCUUUGACGAGCUAACGUUAGCCGUGCUGGUUGCAAUGAUGACGUCAUCGAUGUAAAUGAAGCAGGGCGACGAUGUCGACGUCCAACGCGAGUUUCAAGAACAAGUGCGUGGCCCAGGUCAACUGCACCUUUUGCGGCAGUUUGCUGUGCAAGAGGGGCAUGAAAGCGGUGCUGCUUGCCGACACUGAGGUGGAGCUUUUUUCCACUGAUAUACCUCCCAACAGAACUGUUGACUUUGUGGCCAGCUGCUACUCGACAGACAGCUGCAAAUGCAAACUGAGAGAUAUAGCAUGUCUCAAGUGCGGUAACGUGGUGGGCUAUCACGUUGUGGCCCCCUGUAAGCCCUGCCUGCUGUCCUGUAACAACGGACACUUCUGGAUGUUCAACAGCGAGUCCGUUUACACCCUCAACAGAUUGGAUGCAACAGGUCUGAAUCUGCUCCUGUGGGGACAUCUUCCCGAGCUGGAAGACAGCGACGACGAGGACUCGGGAAGCCCAUUGGAGGAAGAAUGCAUCAGGUAAAGAUGGACCCGGACCACCAUGCUUUUGGAGGGGCCAUGGUGAGACGAGCGAGGCCUUAAAGUGUGAUUCAAGACUAUGAAAGGUGCCGGUUUUGUUUAGGCCGACGCCUACAAUUCCAGGUGUGCUUGAGGCCACGCCCCCCCGAGUGGUUAAAUCACAGCAGGUAUUUUGGCCUUGGACAGCUGGUGGAACACCUGCUCUGACACACACGGCGGCUUUGUCCAAAGGGAUUAUCCCCAGAAAAAAACACCAUGUUUGUGUUGUGCCCAUGUGAUGUACAGGCCACACCUCUUUAGAAAAUUAACAAAGGGGUUAGUGCUCCACUCGGUAGCAAAAAUAAUCAUUUCAAGAGCUUUUUGUGAAUGUUGAUUUACAUACCUUAAUUUAUUCCAAACGGUGUCUGCAACACGGCAGUAAAACGGCCGAUCAAACAAAACAGAAGUUGUCAUCAUGAACCCGCUCUCCAAUCACCUAAACAGACUCAAUAUAUAAGUCGCACUGGACUAUAGGCCGCAGAUAUAUACUGGUACAGAAGAUUUUGUAAAUGUUUGUUUACAUACCUUAAUUUUGUCCAAACGGCGUCUGCAACACGGCAGUAAAAUGGCAGAUGAAACAAAACAGAAGUUGUCGCCAUGGGCCCGCUCUCCAAUCACCUAAACAGACUCAAGAUAUAAGUCGCACUGGACUAUAGGCCGCAGAUAUAUACUGGUGCAGAAGAUUUUGUAAAUGUUUGUUUACAUACCUUAAUUGUUUCCAAACGGCGUCUGCAACACGGCAGUAAAAUGGCUGACGAAACAAAACAGAAGUUGUCGUCAUGGACCCGCUCUCCAAUCACCUAAACAGACUCAAUAUAUAACUCACACUGGACUAUAAGCCGCAGAUAUAUACUGGUACAGAAGAUUUUGUAAAUGUUUGUUUACAUACCUUUAUUGUUUCCAAAUGGUGUCUGCAACGCGGCUGUAAAACGGCCGAUCAAACAAAACAGAAGUUGUCGUCAUGGACCCACUCUCCAAUCACCUAAAAAGACUAAAUAUAUAAGUCGCACUGGACUACAAGCCACAGUUAUAUACUGGUAAAAAAUAUUUUGUAAAUGUUUGUUUACAUACCUUAAUUGUUUCCAAACGGCGUCUGCAACACGGCAGUAAAAUGGCUGACGAAACAAAACAGAAGUUGUCGUCAUGGACCCGCUCUCCAAUCACUUAAACAGACUCAAUAUAUAACUCACACUGGACUAUAAGUCGCAGAUAUAUACUGGUACAGAAGAUUUUGUAAAUGUUUGUUUUUUCAUAUCUUAAUUGUUUCCAAACGCCGUCUGCAACACGGCAGUAAAACGGCAGAGCAAACAAAACAGAAGUCGUUGUCAUGCUAAACAGACUUUAUAAAUAAGUCACGCUGGACUAUAAACCCCAUAUUAUACAUAUAUAUAUAUAUAUAUAUAUAUAUAUAUAUAUAUAUAUAUAUAUAUAUAUAUAUAUAUAUAUAUACAUAUACAUACACACAUACUGGUACAGAAGAUUUUGUAAAUGUUUGUUUACAUACCUUAAUUGUUUCCAAACGCCGUCUGCAACGCGGCAGUAAAACGGACAAUCAAACAAAACAGAAGUCGUCGUCACGGACCCGCUAGCUGCGCAAGCUAACUCUCCAAUCAGCUAAACAGACUCUGUAACUUUUCGGUGAAAUCAGAUGUAUUUGUGAAAGUGAAACAAUGCAAAAAGAAUGCGACUGUAGUUUAAUAAUAUGAACACAGACAGUCGUAAAACUGUUAGCAUAUUAGCAAAUGCUAAAAACGCUAGCUUCAGUCAUACAGCAUGUAGAAAUAUGCACAAAAACACUCCUACUGACGUCACACGGAACCGUUCAGAAUAGAAUUGUUGUAGUUAUAUGAUUGAAUGAAGAGUCCAUAUGAAGAAUUGUUGUAGUUAUAUGAAUACGAGCAGUAACACUAUGGACGGCGCGAAACCGAAAGCGGAUUUUCAACCAGAAGAUGGCGCCAUAGCACAAACAAUAACUCAACAUCUCAGUCCUCUGCCUGGGUUUGAUAAAAACGAUUGAACAGGAAACAUUACGGCUGUUCUCGGAUACAAAUCCAUACAUCACCGAUUUGUAAGCCGCAGGGUUCAAAGUGUAGGUCAAAAAGCAGCCGCUUAUAGUCCGGAAUUUAGGGCAAACGUCUGUUAUUUGUCGGUUGAAUAAUGACUAAUGAAGCCUUCACUGUUAAAGCACACAGCCUUUUCUAAACACUGUAAAUAUCCAAGAUGCUUUCAUCUUCACUUUGGGCUUCCAUUCAGCCGGCACAGUUAAGUAUGUAUGCCAAAAGAGGCGUAAUGGGACUACUCGGUAACGAACUACCCUUUGUUUCUACAUUUCAAUUGGUAAUGAGCACAUUUCCUUAAAGGGCAGGUUCCAUACACACCCCAAAUACUGAUGGGUUGUAAGAUGUCCUUGUUUUUUUAUGCAAGCACAGGACCACCACAAACUGAUCCAAAUAUGUAGUAAUACUGCAUGUACUCCACUAUUUGGCAACUUUGUCUUAACACUGCUCUAUUGUUGCACCGAUUCCAAAGAAUUGUCAAAAGUCUUAAUCAAAAUAUUGAUUAUAUAUUCAAUAUGCUCCAGGACCUAAUCAACAUUGACACGCAAUUGUAUUUUAAAAAAAAAAAAAAAAAAAAAAAAAAGGCAUCUUUUUAUGAGUAUUAUCUUUCCAAAUGAUGUCCAAAUAAAUUCAAAUGUAUCUGAAUUUGAGAAAUAAUGCACGGUUAUUUGUUAUUUAACAAUAAUAUACAAUCAAUAAAGUUUAACUUACAGUACCAAUGAUUGUCACACACACACACACACACACGUGUGGUGAAAUGUGUCCUCUGCAUUUGAUCCAUCCCCUUGUACCACCCCCUGGGAGGUGUGGGGAGCAGUGAGCAGCAGCGGUGCCACGCCCGGGAAUCAUUUUUGGUGAUUUAACCCCCAAUUCCAUCCCUUGAAGCUGAGUGCCAAGCAGGGAAGUAAUGGGUCCCAUUUUUAUAGUCUUUGGUGUGACUCGGUCGGGGUUUGAACUCACAACUUACCGGUAUUUAAUACCAGAGUUUCUUAACCUUUUUUUAAACCUUUGGGCCCAACUUUUCCACUACAGGGGGGCCCACACAAAUAUUAACAAUGAAUUGGUAAUCUCAUUUUUCGUUUUAAAGGCUUACUGAAAUGAGAUUUUCUUAUUUAAACGGGGAUAGCAGGUCCAUUCUAUGUGUCAUACUUGAUCAUUUUGCGAUAUUGCCAUAUUUUUGCUGAAAGGAUUUAGUAGAGAACAUCCACGAUAAAGUUCUCUACAGUGGUCGCUAAUAAAAAAGCCUUGCCUGUACCAGAAGUAGCAGACGAUGUGCGCGUGACGCCACUGGUUGUGGAGCUCCUCACAUUGUUUACAAUCAUGGCCACCAGCAGCUAGAGCGAUUCAGACCAAGACAGCGACAAUUUCCCCAUUAAUUUGAGCAAGGAUGAAAGAUUUGUAGAUGAGCAUAGUGAGUGAAGGACUAGAAAGAAAAAAAAAAAAAGACUAGGGCAGUGGGAGUGAUUCAGAUGUUAUUAGACACAUUUACUACGAUAAUUGGCUUCACGGCGGCAGAGGGGUUAGUGUGUCUGCCUCACAAUACGAAGGUCCUGCAGUCCUGGGUUCAAUUCCAGGCUCGGGAUCUUUCUUUGUGGAGUUUGCAUGUUCUCCCCGUGAAUGCGUGGGUCCCCUCUGGGUACUCCGGCUUCCUCCCAGUUCCAAAGACAUGCACCUGGAGAUAGGUUGAUUGGCAACACUAAAAUAGCCCUAGUGUGUGAAUGUUGUCUUUCUCUCUGUGUUGGCCCUGCGAUGAGGUGGCGACUUGUCCUGGGUGUACCACGCCUUCCGUCCGAUUGAAGCUGAGAUAGACGCCAGCACCCCCCACGACCCCGAAAGGGAAUAAGCGGUAGAAAAUGGAUGAAAUUCUGGAAAUUCCCUUAUCUGCUUAUUGUGUUACUAGUGUUUUAGUGAGAUUAUAUAGUCAUACCUGAAAGUCAGAGGGGUGUGAUGACCUACAGUGUCUCUGAGGGAAGCCACGGAGGAGCCAAGAGAGUCGCAGCUGCCUCUUUGACAGCUGCAGGAGGAACGACACGAGCUCCGCUCAUGUCUAUGGUAAGACCCGACUUAUUACCACCAUUUUCUCACCGAAACCAGCCGGUUGACAUGUGGUAGAGAACCAUGUUCGCUUGACCGCUCUGUUCCAUAGUGAAGCUUCACCUUCGGGAAUGUAAACAAGGAAACACCGGCUGUGUUUGUGUUGCUAAAGGCAGCCGCAAUACACCACUUUCCACCUACAUCUUUCUUCUUUGACGUCUCCAUUAUUAAUUGAACAAAUUGCAAAAGAUUCAGCAACACAGAUGUCCAGAAUACUGCGGAAUUAUGCGAUUAAAGCAGACGACUUUUGUGCUGGAAGAACAUGUCCGCUACCACCGGUGACGUCACGCGCAGGCGUCAACAUAAGCGUCAUCAUUCCCUGACGUUUUCAACAGGACACUUUGCGGGAAAUUUAAAAUUGCAAUUUAGUAAACUAAAAACGCCGUAUUGGCAUGUGUUGCAAUGUUAAUAUUUCAUCAUUGAUACAUAAACUAUCAGACUGCGUGGUCGGUAGUAGUGGGUUUCAGUAGGCUUUUAACCUAUCUUAAGUGUACAUUAUUGUCCAAGCAAAGAUCAUUAUGAAGGCUUAGGUCAGGCUGAUUACGAUGAUAAAUACUCAUCAAAUAUACUGCAAAAGGGACUUGUGAAAAAUACAUUUUCAUACAAUUCGCAGUUUAAAAACUAAAUUUAAAAAAUUUUCUUAAAAAGAUGUCAAUAAAUGAGAAUACAGCUUCACCACUUUAUUCAUAUUUUUUGCGCUGAAAUAAUUUCUCUUGACUUAAGCUCCAUCCAUUCAUCCAUUUUCUACCGCUUAUUCCCUUUUGGGGUCGCGGGGGGCGCUGGCGCCUAGCUCAGCUAUAAUCGUGCGGAAGGCGGGGUACACCCUGGACAAGUCGCCAACUCAUCGCACUCACAUUCACACACUAGGGCCAAUUUAGUGUUGCCAAUCAACCUAGACUUAAGCUCCAGACUUCUUCUAUUUUUUUUUUAUAUUGUCAUUACUGCCACCAGUGGUGGAAAAAGAGUAUUACAACUGGCUACGCCUGCAAGCCCACAGCUGAGAAACACAUUUUUGGCCCUAUGGUUAAGAAAGGCUGAUGAAAACAGACUGGAUAUCUCCACUUUGACGUUUUGGUGAGUUUACUGAGAAACAAGUUGAAGUAUUUUAAUAAUACAUGACUUUUCAGCACAAAUGUCGGGGCCCUCGACUCCAGGGCUCAGUUUCCGGUCUUCUGAUUUCUUUGCAUUCCCAAACCUUUUUUUUUAUUCUUCAAAUAGGAACGGUCUGUUCCAGGGUCAAACUGUCACCCGUGACACAUUUACUGCACAGGCCUACUGAAACCCACUACUACCGACCAGGCAGUCUGAUAGUUUAUAUAUCAAUGAUGAAAUAUUAACAUUGCAACACAUGCCAAUACAGCCUUUUUAGUUUACUAAAUUGCAAUUUUAAAUUUUGCGCUGAAAUAUCCUGCUGAAACAUCUCGGUAUGAUGACACGUGCGCGCGACGUCACGGAUUGUAGAGGACAUUUUGUUCCAGCAUCGUUCCCAGCUAUUAAGUUGUCUGUUUUCAUCGCAAAAUUCCACAGUAUUCUGGACAUCUGUGUUGCUGAAUCUUUUGCAAUUUGUUCAAUGAAUAAUGGAGACGUCAAAGAAGAAAGCUGUAGGUGGGAAGCGGUGUAUUGCGGCCGGCUUUAGAAACACAAACACAGCCGGUGUUUCUUUGUUUACAUUCCCGAAAGAUGACAGUCAAGCUUUACUAUGGAACAGAGAUGUCAAGCGAACACAGUUGGAUUGGACCACACACACAAAGUACAGUGUAUUAAUAAAAAACAUUUUACCAUUCUGAAGGCGAUCUAUGUCGUGUGCUACUCCAGCAUUAAUAUCCGCAGCAUCCUUCUGACAGUCGCUGUCAGCGUCGGGUUCAAAGCGGUAUGGCUCUAUCCCUUGUUGCGGUUGGGCCUAACCGAGUGGUCCUGCCACCCCCACGGCUGCCACAGCAUUUCCCUAUCUGAAUCGCUCCCACUGCCCUCUUGUCCUUUUUUUUUUUUUUUUUUCUACUCCUUCACUCUCACUUUCCUCAUCCACGAAUCUUUCAUCCUCACUCGAAUUAAUGGGGAAAUUGUCGCUUUCUCGGUCCGAAUCGCUCUUGCUGCUGGUGGCCAUGAUUGUAAAGAAUGUGAGGAUGUGAGGAGCUCUACAACCCGUGACGUCACGCGCACAUCGUCUGCUACUUCCGGUACAGGCAAGGCUUUUUUAUUAGCCACCAAAAGUUGCAAACUUUAUCGUCGAUGUUCUCUACUAAAUCCUUUAAGCAAAAAUAUGGCAAUAUCGGGAAAUGAUCAAGUAUGACACAUAGAAUGGACCUGCUAUCCCCGUUUAAAUAAGAACAUCUCAUUUCAGUAGGCCUUUAAGUUACAUCAGAACACAACUUAAGUGUGGAAUUAAAGUUAACCAAGGUGGUGUUGAUACCUUAAAACGGUAAAUCCUCACUGAAUCGUACCACCUUCUCGGGUGUUUUAUUGGUAGAUCACCUGAUUACAGCAUUGUUGCUACAAUGUAACAAAGUUAUGUCAGAGCUGUUUGCCUUUACGAAGCAAACCAAGAAGAGUCAUAUGUGUGUGUUUUAUCCUCCGUAAUAAUUUAAACUGUUGCCAUGGCAACGUGAUAACCCUUAUUUAUUCAGUGCACAGACCAGAAUACUGACGACACACUUUGUUUACAAUCUUUGAUUACGAUCGCUUUGCUUUUUUAUUGAUGUAUUAAUGUUUCAUUUGUGAUUUUGUGCUUUUUAAAAAAUAUUUAUGAGAAGGCAUCACUUGUGAGCUUCCACCGGCCAGGACAAUAAAUGACAGGAUAAUCCAAAAUAUGGAAUUUGUUUUUGAAGUGAAUGACUUUGGCGUGACUUGACUGCUGAAAAGGUCUAUUUUGGAAUUGCACUGACUGGUACUUUGGAACCUGGAUUGUUGUUUUUGUAUGCGUGUUAAUUUAAUAAAAAAAAUGUUUUAAAUACCUCUGACAA